AUGGAUACUACUCAAAGACUUUGGAAACGGCAUUAUUGUGAUUAUAAACCGACACUUCAAGAACGGUAUGAUUGUUAUAGUAGAUGGAAUGCAUGGGGACGUUGGAUCGUAAUAAGUAUAAUAUUAAUUGGAAUUAUUCUUCUUUUUACAUGUCUUUUUUGUGCAAAUAAGUGGCGGGCGGAGCAGGGAAAUGCACCUAUUAAAUAUACAGGAUGGUUUAUGCCAUGGCAAGCUUAUCCACCAACACAGCCGUAUGGAUAUGCAAUGCCGAUGACAUCAUCAUAUCAACAUCCAGGAGGGCCAGGUCGGCCUUGGCAAAAUGAACAACAUCCAGUACCGCCUUAUGAGCCUCCAAACGCAUCAUCAUCUAAUGCUCAACCUCCAUCACCAAGUCAAAAAGAAAAAUAGGCAUGUCUAAAGCCUAAUUUUUUUAAUAAAAUGACGGGUUUAUAAUAUUAAG